GCAUGUUGUACUUCAAUCACCCUGCAGGGGCGCUGGUCAGCGUGAGCCUCACCAGACGGGCGGUUGGUGAGUGCAGAGGAAGAGGCUUCCAUACUGCAGUGAUACAGCGAGUUUAGCCGAGGGAAGCUGAGUUUUCCCACCUUGCUUUGUUUCCGAAAUGCUUUCAGCUCAAGGUUUUGGAGGCCCUGGGAAGAUGAAGGAGUAUCAUUAUGCCGGCGCUGUAGAGAACAGAUUUUCACCUUACGCUUUCAACGGAGGAACCGUACUAGCUGUUGCUGGAGAAGAUUUUGCCAUCGUAGCGUCAGACACCAGGCUUAGUGAAGGCUACUCCAUCCACAGCCGCGACUCCCCGAAAUGCUACAAACUGACAGACACAACUGUCAUUGGCUGCAGUGGUUUCCAUGGCGACUGUCUGACGCUGACAAAAAUCAUUGACGCCAGGCUAAAGAUGUACAAACACUCAAACAACAAAACUAUGACCAGUGGAGCCAUCGCAGCCAUGUUGUCCACCAUCUUGUACAGCCGGAGGUUCUUCCCUUACUACGUCUACAACAUCAUUGGGGGUCUGGAUGAAGAAGGCAAAGGAGCGGUGUACAGCUUCGACCCGGUCGGCUCCUACCAGAGAGACACCUACAAGGCCGGAGGGUCCGCCAGCGCCAUGCUGCAGCCGUUGCUAGACAACCAGAUUGGGUUCAAGAACAUGGAGGGUGUGCAGCACCUCCCCUUGACUCAGGAAAAAGCUGUGCAGCUGGUCAAAGACGUCUUCAUCUCGGCCGCAGAGAGAGACGUCUACACCGGAGACGCCCUUCGCGUCUGCGUCAUCACGAAGGACGGCAUCAACGAGCAGACGAUACCGCUGAGGAAGGACUAGAAGACACGGUGUUUCUGUCUGCCUUCAGUUUCCUCCGUCUUCAGCAUUUUACAUAAAUUGAUCCGCGGGUUGAUAAAGUUGCCAUGUAGGUUUGGCUCCAAAUUGGAGGGAGGAUUUCUGUCAAUUCUUUGGUUCCAAAUAUUCUGCUUAUUUAGUCGCCGGCCUUCUUUUGGAUCAGCAUUCCUGUUUUCCCCGCCUGGCCUAGACUCCUCCUCUGGGUUAUUUCUUAUGUUUUGGAAGGAAACAUGCUCAGCUGUCCUUUUUACAUUCUUAAUAAAUAUAAACAGUUCAGGAA